ACAACCCAAAGACCACAAAGCUGAACAGACUACGAGUCAACAGAGAUACCUGAUUUUUCUAUCUGAAACAGAAGACCCUACAAGAUGCCUGAGUUCCCUCGCCGCCCACCGACUGGCAUCAAAGUCAUCAUCGUCGGCGCCGGUUUUGCAGGCGUGGCAGCAGCCAUCGAAUGCGACCGGAAAGGCCAUACCCCCAUCAUCCUCGAGAAACAUGCGAAUAUAGAGGAAAUCACUCGGUUUGGUGAUAUUAUCAGCUUCGAUCCGAAUGGAGCGCGGCACUUCGAACGAUGGCCCGGCGUCAUCGAAGCCAUGCAGAAGGUGGCCCGUCAGACAUCUUGGCUGGACUUGUAUCACUGGAAAGGCGAGUUUAUCACGAGGCAGUCGUUCGCAAAAGAGAAGUCGUGGGGUCCAAGGAUCAACGGGCAUCGUGGAGAGCUCUAUAGUAUCAUCUAUCAGCAUGCCAAGGACAGAGGGAUCGACAUUCGACUGGGUCAAAGAGUGACAGAUUAUUUCGAGGAUGACAACCUUGCCGGUGUUGUAGUGAAUGGCAACAAGAUGACAGCCGAUAUCGUUAUAGCCGCCGAAGGUGUACGUUCGCGAGGCAGAAAGAUUGUUUUGGGCUUCGAUGAUAAGCCUAAGAGCUCGGGGUACGCGGUUUACCGAUCUUGGUUUCCCGGCGAGGUCAUUGCGAAGAACGAAAAGUUGAAGCACCUCGUAGAGGGUGAUUCGCACUGCGGAUGGAUUGGCCCCGAUCUGCAUUUUCUGGCUUCCUCGCUGAAGAAUGGUAAAGACUUCAACUGGGUGUUCACACACGUCGAUGAUGGCAACAUUGAAGAAAGCUGGCAGUUUCCAGGCAAGGUUGAGGAUUGUCUCAAAUAUGUGGAAGGAUGGGCACCGAUCGUUCAAGAGAUUGUCAAGGCAACGCCACAACACGGACGACUCAUCGACCACAAACUCGUCUACCGGGAUCCUUUGCCAACGUUCAAGUCCCCAAAGGAGCGCAUUGUUCUAAUAGGAGAUGCGGCGCAUCCUUUCCUGCCCACAUCAAUUCAAGGCGCAAGUCAAUCAAUCGAAGAUGGUGUUGUGUUAGCCGCCUGCUUGGAGUUGGCGGGCAAGGACAACAUCCCGCUGGCAGUGAGGGCUUAUGAGAAGAUCCGGUAUGAGAGGGUACAUAAAGCCCAAGCCACCGGCGUGAAGACGAGGGAGAAAUGGCACAAAGCAGAUUGGGACACCGUCAAGCACAAUCCAGAAGCGAUACAUUUGACACGAGAGGCUUGGCUCUUGGCCUUCGACGCCGAGGUGAAUUGCUACGAAGUUUUUAAGGAGGUCGCCGAAAGUGUUAGUGAGAAGCGCGCAAAAUUAUAGAGGAUCUCGUGCGAUGAGACUCUCCAUUUAGACUUUAGCAACAAAAAGUUUCAGCUUCAACCCUACGAAAACCAAUUGGUUACGGACUCCCAUGACUUCGAUUCAUUAGAAAACAACAUUUGGGAAUCGACCUCCGUCCAUUAUUUUCAGAGUCCUGGUGGGCCGUCCUUUGCUUCCAGUUCGAUUGUCGAAUACUUUCAUUUCUAUACCCCGAUCCCUGGAAGACAAUUCCUGCAAUGCUUCCUUACAUACCCAUCAAGCACCCACGUAAUCGUCCCGCAAUUCCUCCCUCUCUCGCAUUCGACCUUCAUCUGGGCUCGUUUGCAGUCACAGGUGAACUCGAUAUAAUAGAUCGUGCACAUUGUGUCUGACGGAGAACUACUAAGGCGUUGGACUAAAUCUGAUCGAUAAUGUUGAUGUUGACAAAGGCUGGUGCGUCGGUAAACAUAAUAGUGCGGAAAUAAAUGCAGG